CAAUACAUGUUGAAUGGGUUAUGAAUUAUAUGAAUAUUAGACAAUCAAUGGCCCCAACAAUGUAUGACUCAAUACAUACAUAGUAUUGGUUUCCAAACAAAACAACAUUUGUUUUAUGAGUGAAACGACUCGUCUCUUACCUCAAGACAACUGAUCCACUGAUCCGACAGUUUUUGUACAAACAAUUGACAGUCAAAUGUUGGAACCAAUCAGACAUAUUCUUCAGCGACAACGAGUGGUGUUGGCCUCGAGCUCUGAACGCCGCAAACAGAUUUUGUCGGGCAUUGGCAUCGAGUUUGAGGCCAUUUCGUCUAAUUUUGCCGAAAAUUUACCGAAAGAGUCAUUCAGUCAUCCCAUUGAAUACGUGAAGGAAAACGCCAAACAAAAGGCUAUUGACGUCUGGAAGCAAUUGGCCAACAAUGACCACAAAGCAGAUCUCGUUAUUGGCAGCGAUACAGUGGUCACACUCGACGAUCACAUCUUUGAGAAACCAAAAGAUAAAGACGACGCCAUCCAUAUGUUGUCGCGAUUGUCGGCCAAUAAGCAUACAGUAUAUACAGGAGUGGCUUUGGUCACACAUAGCACUCAAACGGGUGGCGGCAGUGGCAGCACUUUGACUCCAUCUCAACCGUCAACCAGUGGUGAUGCAAAUGAUGACAAUGAAGACAAUGAGAACUAUGUUGUGACAACUUUUCAUGAGUCAACCGAUGUUUUUAUGACCGAAAUGAGCGACCAAAUGAUAAAAUUAUACGUGAAUUCUGGGGAACCGAUGGACAAAGCAGGUGCUUAUGGUAUACAAGGUAUUGGCGCCACACUUGUCGAGUCCAUUCGCGGCGAUUACUUUAAUGUAGUCGGCCUUCCUCUUCACCGGUUAUGCAAAGAGUUAUACUAUAUGUACAUUGAAUGAUAGUAUGCAGUUGUCCACUGUGUUAACGUACUGGUGGUCAAUGUCUGCCGCAAAUUAAUUAACGUUUUUUCAAUUUGAAGAA